AAAUCAUCAACGCAAAAAAAUUGUCUGAAUGGAUUGAUGCCGCUUCCUGAACCACCGGGAAAAAUGCCACUUAUUGGACACGCGUUAUUGACUGGUCAUGGACUUCAUCAAAGAUGCUUAGAGUGGCAAAAAACUCUUGGCGAUAUCUUCAUGCUACGUGUUGGGAAAUCUUCUAUAGUCAUUUUGAACAACCAAAAAUACGUCGGUGACCUAUUUCUAAAAAGAGGCUUAAAAUAUUCGUCUAGAUCACAAAGUUUUCUAUUCUGGGAAGUUUUUGGACGUAAAAAAGAUUACAUCGCGGCACCGUAUCAUGAAUGGUUCAAACACAUGAUGCCAUUAGUACACGGAGUAUUUAGCCAACAAAAAAUUGAAGAGUACAUGGAUUUUAUAUACGAAUGCCGCGACGAAUUACUAAAAAUCUUAGCUGAAGAGUCUCAAUCACAAACUGAUGGAUUUUUCCCACGUGACCAAUUGCAUUAUACGACACUCAAUGUAAUCCUAAACGUGGUCUUUGGUACAAAGACAAAAGGGAUGGCUGAUCCAUUGUACCGCACAAUUCUCAAGUUGAUUCGAACAUCUUUUGAAUAUACAGGCACAAAAGCAAGACUUUUUGAUGUUUUUCCAAUUUUUCGAACUAUUUUGAAGAAUCGGUGGUUGCAUAAGAGUGCUAAAGAUUCAGCAAAUGAGUGGGAAUCUGUGAUGGGAUCGUUGCUGGAAGAUGUUAAGAUUAAUCGUGGAGAGGAGAUGAGAUCUUCAUGUUUUGCUAAAGAUUUAUUGAAAAAAGUAGACGAAGGUGUUAUCACUGAAAUGGAACUCAUUCAUCUGGCAAUGGAUUUGCUGAUUGCAGGAACGGAAACAACUGCAUCGACAAUGGCUUCUCUUAUAGCUGCUGUGGUUAAUGAUGUUGAAAUUCAAACUCGAGCACACGAUGAGCUUGAUCGUAUAGUAGGAAAUUCUCGCCCCACAUAUAAUGACUUGGCAUCACUUCCAUACAUUCGUGCAAUAGUGAAAGAAGUUUUGCGAUGGGCUCCCCCGUUGGUAAUGGGAGUUCCUCACUUUAUCGAAGAAGGCGAUGAAUACAUGGGUUACCAUAUCCCUAAAAACAGUUUAGUGGCAAUGAACAUGUACGCGUUAAAUUGGAACCCGGCUCGAUUUCCAAACCCGAGUAAAUUUGACCCGGAUCGGUAUUUGGGCGUGAAAGAAAGCGCGGUUGCGUUAGCACAAGGAAAUGUUGAAAAUCGUGAUCAAUUUGCUUUCGGAGCCGGGCGAAGGCUUUGUCUUGGCAUUCAACUCGAAUUAUUCGCUGCUUCUAUCCUCUGGGCUUUUAAAAUCGAGCGUCCUCUAGCAAAACCGGAGCCGAUUGAUUUAAAGAGCUUUGUGUCUUUUGGAAUCGCACAAUGGAUUAAACCUUAUAACCUCAAUGAUUUUCGACACUUUCAAUCUACUCGACAAAAUUUUGAUUUCUCAUUGACCAUGUUGGGAGAAACAAAACCGACAGUUAUUACUACGUCGGCACAUCAACUUCAAAUUCUUUCCGCAGGUGAAAAUAAAUUUCUGGUGAGCGCUGAUGUUUAUCGAAAGAUGAAUCAUUAUUCAGUACUUCAUCAAGUGGAAGGCGUUCAGGUUUUCGAUAUCGCCGAAGCAAAAGAACAAGUAUCACGUGAG